CUCUCUUUCUAUCACAGCACAAAUCUACCAUUCUCUCUCUCAACAAGUUGUUGAGUGAGUGUAUGAGUGUAGUAUCAACACAAAUUUCUUUUCCACCAUUUGUUACACAUUUUCAAGUUUCAACUAAGUUCAGUGUUCUAUAGACUCAAAACCUCUUCAUAUUCUGGACACAAUGAUCGGUUCAACUUCAAUUUCAAUGAAGAAGAAGAAGAGUACUAUCAACCAAAGUGAUGGAAAUUUCAUCAACACCAUUUUUAAUUGGUCUCUCCCUGAUAUUCUCAACAAAGAUCUUUACAAGACAAAGGUCGAUUCUAUCGGUUUAUCGUUCGAUUCUGCGGGGAAAUAUUUUCAGUCAUUUUUGUAUCCGUUAUUGAAUGAAACUCGAACUGAACUCUGUUCUUGUAUGGAAGUUCUGUCAACUUUACCUUAUGCUAAGGUGGUUACACUUAAUCGUUUGAAGUCACCUUUAUUUGGUAGGAGUCUCUAUGAGGUUACAACUGAUAACUGGAAAAACAGGUCACUAGGUCAUGGAAAAGAGUUAUACAAAACAUCGCCCAGUGAUCUUUUUAUUUUGGUUGAUUUUAAACCUGAAACUGUUAAUGAUCUGCAAAGGGAUGGAAGCAUACGAAGUUUUGCGUUGUCGGCUCAGGUUCUCAAUGAGGAGAAUGAUAAUGAUACUGAACUUAAGUCUAAUUUUAAAUUCAUUGCUUCUAAAGACAUUGACAUUGAUGGAAUGGGGCAAAAAUCUUUGUUUAUUAUAUUCUUGACGAAUAUAACCCCUAUCAGAAGAAUGUGGAUCUCAUUGCAUAUGGAUGGAAAUUCAAAGCUCAUUCAGAAGAUUUUAUGUGCUAGUGAUGCGGUUGAGGAAAACUGUGAUCACUGUCCACCAAAGACUGAUGCUUUUAAGGAUCAUGAAGCAUACAAUAAGCUGUUAUCCGAGUUCAAUGAGUCGCAAAAGAAGGAAAUUGGUGCCUGCCUUUCUUCCAUUGGUUGCAAUCAUAAGUCUACCGUGGAUCUUAUUUGCAGUUCACCAGGAACCGAGAAAACAAAAAUUUUGGUCACACUUCUUUGUGCUCUAUUCAAAAUGAACCGCAGGACUCUUGUUUGUGCUCCAUCAACUGUUGCCAUUAAGGAAGUGGCAUCGGGUGGCUUGAGCAUGGUGAGACAACUAUUUCAGUUUUGUUACUUAGGAGACAUGUUGUUAUUUGGGAAUCAUGAGCAGCUUAAUGUCGGUGAAGAGAUUCAAGAGAUAUAUUUGGACUAUCGUGUCAAGCAGCUCAUGUCGUGCUUCAACCCAUCUAAUGGUUGGAAAUACUGUUUUACUUCAAUGAUUCAUUUUCUUGAAAACUGUUUUACCCACUAUCAGAUGUCCAUUCUCAAUCAGAAAACAAAGGAGCAAGUUCAAACUAAUGAUAAUAACUCUAAUACGGCAAAAGAUGACAGCCUUUCAGAUUCUGAUGUGAGGACGCACCAAUCUUUUGUUGAGUUUUUCAUAGAAAAGUUUCAGGCUAUAGCACUGCCACUAAAAAAAUAUAUUCACAUCCUACGUACUCAUAUAGCAAGAAGCUUUAUUAUGGAACAUAACUUGGAUGUUUUGGCCGACCUUAAUGUCUCUCUCGAUUCAUUUGAAGCUUUGGUGUCUGAUGGUAAUAUUGUCUCUGAAAGACUGGAAGAGCUUUUCUAUCCUCUAGAAACUCGAGACAGUUCUUCUGAGUCGGAUGUUGUAAGUGCUGAUGAACGCUCAUUUCUCGAGAACAUAACUAAAUGCAUAUCUCUAUUAAAAUCCCUUCAAGUUUCACUUGGUAAACAGAAACUGCCAGAUAUUGUGACUGAAAAGUCAAUCAGAGAGUUCUGUUUACAAACAGCGUCAUUGAUGUUGUCGACUGCUUCUGAUUCUUUUAUGCUGCAUUCUCUUGAUAUCAAACCACUAGACAUUGUAGUGAUUGAUGAAGCUGCACAGUUGAAGGAAUGUGAGUCAAUCAUACCUCUACUACUUCCGGAAAUAAACCAUGCAGUUCUUAUUGGAGAUGAACAUCAACAACCAAGCAUAGUUUCGUUAGAAGCUGAUUUUGGAAGAAGCUUAUUUCAUAGGUUGAGACUACAAGGUCGCCAUCCCAAUCACCUCCUCAACGAACAGCAUAGGAUGCAUUACAUCAAAGAUGUGAAUCUUCCAUUCCAAAUUUCCGAUGAACAAAACGAUAUAAUCUUAUCUGAAAGAAGUUCCUUUGUAUUGGGGCGCUCUGGUACCGGGAAAACCACAAUUCUCACUGCAAAGCUCUUAAAAAGGGAGAAGGCUCCUUUUUUCAGAGCUGAUCAAGAGGAGGAGGCAGCUUGCUUGAGACAAAUGUUUAUAACCAUGAGUCCAAAACUUUGCCACCAUGUGAUAUACAAAUUGAAAAGAUUCAGAUGUGGUGAAAGCAAGUUUUUCGAGGAUGAGACUGCUGCUUAUGAAUCAUCAUUGGCGCAGUUUGAAAAUGUUCCAGAUUCUCUCGUUGGUCUCUCUGUCGAUUCAUAUCCUCUAGUGCUAACAUUUAGAAAGUUUCUAAUGAUGUUUGAUGGUUCGGUAGGGGGGGUUUCAUUUUUUGAAAGAUUCAAUGAUUUAUUUGCCGGUGACGCUUUGAAGGAAAACAUAUGGGAUAGGGAGGUAACUUUUGAAAGGUUUGAUUUAUCCUAUUGGUCAACCUUCAACUAUGGUGAUAAAAAAAACCUGAACUCAUCCCGUGUGUUCGCUGAAAUCAUGUCAUACAUAAAAGGAGGCAUGGAUACCAUGGGUACAAAUUUAAGCCAGGAUGCUUACCUUGCAUUAUCCGAAAACCAAGGGUCGAGUUUAAGCAAAAAGCAAAGGAAGAUCAUAUAUCACAUCUAUCAACAGUAUGAAAAGAUGAAGAUUCUUAGAAGAGAGUUUGAUUUGGCAGAUAUUGUUGCUGACAUCCAUCUCCGCCUCAAAAGUAAUAUAUAUGAGGGUGACGCAAUGCAUUAUGUAUACAUGGAUGAAGUACAAGAUUUUACCUUGAGUCAAAUUGCCUUAUUAAAGCACAUCUGUCAAAAUGUGGAAGAGGGUUUUACUUUUUGUGGUGACACUGCACAAACUAUAACAAAGGGUGUUUAUUUUAGGUUCCAGGAUAUCAAAUCUUUCUUUUACAGUACCUUUCACAAUGGAACCAAUCCAGUGAAAACAAAAACACUUCAGUUGACUCAAAACUUUAGAUCUCACGAUGGAGUAUUGAAAUUGUCUCACACUGCUAUCAAUCUUCUCUAUCACUUUUUUCCUGAUUCUAUUGAUAUUUUGAAGCCUGAGACCAGUUUGCUAUGUGGGGAAGCUCCGGCUGUUCUUGAUUGUGGAAACAGCAAAGAUGCAAUUGCAACUAUUUUUGGCAAAUCUGUUGGAUUUGGAGCCGAGCAAGUAAUUUUGGUACGAGAUGAUAGUGCUCGGAAGGAAAUUUUGGCCUCUGUUAAAGAAAAAGCUAUUGUUUUAACUAUUUGGGAGUGCAAAGGACUUGAGUUCAAGGAUGUGUUCUUGUACAACUUUUUUGGCUCUUCACCUUUGAAAGAUGAUUGGCGAGUGAUUAAAGGAUAUAAGGAGAAACAGGAUGCACUGGAACCUACAGAAACCAGUUCUUUUCCGACGUAUAAAGAUCCCAAACACAACAUCUUGUGUUCUGAACUGAAACAGCUUUAUGUAGCUAUAACUCGUACAAGAGAUAGGUUGUGGAUAUGUGAGAGCCCAAGUACAGAGAGUCAUGCUAAACCAAUGUUUGAGUUUUGGAAAACCAGAGAUCUUAUACAAGUCAAAAAACUGGAUGAUUCAUUCAUCCAGAGCAUGACAGUUGCCAGUAAUCCAAAAGAAUGGAGGGCACGGGGCAUGGAGCUAUAUAAUCACAAAAUAUAUGAGAUGGCAACAGUGUGUUUUCAAAGAGCAGGGGACAAUUCUUGGGAAGAAAAGUCUAAAGCUGCUGGUGAUAGGGUAAAAUCAAACAGUUCCAGUUCAGAACCUAAGGAAGAAAAUGUCGUUCCUAGGGAAGCUCAAGAUAUAGGAAUGGCUGAGUCUUCUGCCCAGUGUUUGGUUGAUUUGGAAGAUCACGAAAGAGCUGGGGACUCCAAAAAAAGGUUUGACAAAGAAACUUAUUGUUUGGGUGGUUAUCUCCCCCCCGAUGCUGAAAUGGGACCUAUGAUGAAGUGGGUUCAAGAAACCCACUUUUAUGAUUGUCGUGAAUUACCAAAAGGGACAGUGGGCUUUGGAAAUCAAAUCGCAACUCAUGCUAAACUGUCCCCUCAUGGUAAAACCCAAGCCAAAGCCAUGCAACAACUCGUCGAUAACCUCCUCCCGAUCGUUGCUUUGCUGAAACAACCAUUUUGUCCAAAGAACAAACAUUAUUGCAACUCAAUGAAGAUUCUGAAAGAGAAUAGCAUUGGAUGGAAAUUUCUCAAUAGCUUCACCGAAAGUCUUCCACAAAAGGGCUAUGAUGAUUUUUACUCGGCCUUUGAAGAUCUUGAGGAGAAGCUUGUUCAUCUAACCGAUACAACUAUGUUAGGAUUUCUACUGGACCAAAUGUUGAUGGAUACAAUGGCUUGGAGUGGAGUUGUGGUGUCCACAAAAAUGAAUUUGGUUGGAUGGAUCUGCUCCAAAGAACCAAACUACUUUCAUAUGCUUGCUCAAUCCAGUCAUCCACCAUUGAAACUUAUGUGGGUAUGCGACUUAUUGGAACGUCUUGUGAUAAAGUUUUUCAACCCCAAUGAUCAUUCCAGGCAUAAGUUUCUCACUAUCUUGUUGCUGCAUGUGUUCUUUAAGAAAGAUUCUAAACUGGUUCAGAAAGAAAAAGGUAAAGAGUUACCCUUUGAUGACUAUUUCAAGGAAAAUUCUAUCUUGGCGGCCGACAUGAAUUCUGAAGUGAUCAUCCUGAAACUGAGAGAGAACAGUUUAAUCCUUCCACCAAUGGAGCACGUAGUAUCUGUUGAUAUGACAAGUUGUCCAACUCCAACCAUAGAAAAGAUAUUGGAAGAAAUCUAUCCUGAAGCUGUAAAAGAAGUUGCAGAAAAAGCUGCAGAAGAAAGCACAAAAAAAGUUGCAAAAGAAUCUGAGAUACACAAAGGGAAGGAGAAGAAAAACAAAUCCAAUUCCAAGAAAAAAGGGAACUGAAGUACUGAAUGGUUGGAUGUGUUUGCUCGUUUCAAUAGAAGGGUUAUCACUGGCUGGCUGGAGCAUUGCUGAAGAUGACAGUGAAAAGGAGUAAUAGUUCUAGGGUUGUGGAAUUCCUAAGUUCAUUUUGAUUAUUUUUUAUGGAGUAAAACUAGAUGUGGUGAAAAAACUAUAUGUUAUGAAUAGAUAUGCUAAACUUUUCGGUGGCUUUAUUAUUAUAUGUUAUUUGUAGGAAAAUACAAUCUUCAAAGUCUGA